GCUUAUAGGGCAGGGAGGAGAGGGGCUCGGAGCAACAUGUCGGAGGAGGACGCAGUCAAAGUGUGUUUGCGGGUCCGGCCGCUCAUCCACAGAGAACAAGGAGAACAAGUGAAUCUGGUAUGGAAAACUGACAACAACAGCAUAUCUCAAGUGGAUGGGACAAGGUCUUUCAGUUUUGAUCGUGUCUUCCAUUCCCACGAAACAACAUGCCAGGUUUACCAGGAAGUAGCCGUUCCUAUAAUCCGUUCUGCUCUGCAGGGUUACAACGGCACAAUUUUUGCGUAUGGACAGACUUCCUCUGGAAAGACGUACACAAUGAUGGGUACACCAGAUAAUCUGGGAAUAAUCCCUCAAGCCAUUAAAGAGGUUUUUAAAAUCAUUCAUGAGAUUCCAAGCAGAGAGUUUUUAUUACGUGUUUCCUAUAUGGAAAUUUAUAAUGAAACCGUCACAGAUCUUCUUUGCGAUGACAGAAAAAAGAAACCUUUGGAAAUACGAGAAGAUAUCAAUCGUAAUGUGUACGUUGCUGACCUAACGGAGGAGCUUGUAAUGGAACAUGAGCACGUUUUACAAUGGAUCAAAAAGGGAGAAAAAAACAGACACUAUGGAGAGACAAAAAUGAAUGACCACAGCAGCCGCUCUCAUGCCAUAUUUAGAAUGAUUCUUGAAAGCCGUGAGAGAAAUGACCCAGGAAACCAGGAGAACUGUGAGGGAGCAGUAAUGGUGUCUCAUUUGAAUCUUGUUGACUUGGCUGGAAGUGAAAGGGCAAGCCAGACUGGUGCAGAAGGCGUACGGUUUAAAGAAGGAUGCAAUAUCAACCGCAGUCUGUUUAUUCUUGGACAAGUUAUUAAAAAGCUGAGUGAUGGUCAAGUUGGUGGAUUCAUAAAUUACCGCGAUAGCAAGCUCACACGAAUUCUUCAGAAUUCAUUGGGUGGAAAUACAAAGACUGUAAUCAUUUGUACUAUUACACCAGUUUCACUUGACGAGACCCUGAGCACUCUGCAGUUUGCAAGUACAGCCAAACAUGUAAGAAAUACUCCACAUGUUAAUGAGGUGCUGGAUGACCAAGCUUUGCUUAAGAGGUAUAGGAAGGAAAUCCUCGAUUUGAAGAAACAGCUGGAAGAACUGGAGGCCUCUUCUGAGAUAAAAACCCAUGCAGUGGCUAAAGAAGAAGAACAUUCCCAUUUGCUGGCAGAAAUAAAGCAACUGCGAAAAGAAAGGGAAGAACGAAUAUGGAAUUUGACAAACAUAGUUGUUGCAUCUUCCCAACCCUCCCACGAAGACCAAAGGGUUAAUCGAAAAAGAAGGGUGACAUGGGCACCUGGAAAGCUCCAAAAUAGCUUGCAUGCUUCUGUAAUUUCACCCUUUGAAAUUGGCUCUACAUUAACUUCUAACCUUGCCAAGCGACCAAAGGUUACCGACUUUUCAACAAUACAGGAGAUAGAUGAUUCUGUUUGUACAGAAUUUUCUGAUUUCGAUGAUGUAAGCCGUGUACUUGAUGACUUCAGUCAAGAUGCAGACUGGAAUUUCGGAAGCAAAGUCACUCGCAGGGAAAAGACGACAACAGCUCUGUCUCUUUCUAUGAUCGAUUUUUCAUCAGACAGCUCAAGUGCCCUGAAAAAAGACUCUUCCCUUCAAAAAUGUAAAGAGCUGGAGCUGAAAGUUGCUGAGUUACAAAACCAGCUGACAAAGCUGAGUAACGAAUAUGAGGUGGAAUCCAGGAAAAGGCAAUCUCUUGAAAAAGAGACUUCAGAGUUACAACAGCAGCAACUUCAAUCCAAAGAGCGUGAUGAGCUUGUGCAGACCCUAGAGCUGGAAAUAACCAGCUUGAAAGACCAGCUCAGGAAUGGACAUCAAUGCAGCACACCAACUCCUCUGCCUGGAGACAACGUGGACAUGUGUGAAGGGCUGACAGCACUAAAAACUGACGAGGAACAAGGACCGCAGUUGGAAGGAGCCUGCCAGGAACCUGCUCAGGAACAACUUUCAAGCCACAUUCAUGAUCUUUGCCGAGAGCAAAUACAAAUGCUUGAGCUAAAGAUAGCAGAUCUGGAAGAAAAUUCUAAUCCUCAAAAUAAUGAGCAAACUUACCUUAUGGAAAGCGUUCAAAUAUGUGAAGCUCUAUUGGCGGAGAAACAAAGUGCUUCUGACGAAUUUGCAAUUAUGCAGAGUAACUUAGAUCAUCUAGUAGCUGAGAAUGAAACCCUGAAAACAGAAAUUGCUGACUUGAAAAAAUGUCUUCAGGAGAAACAUGAAACCAAUGAAUUUGAAAGUCUGGAGAAAGAAAUUCAAAAAGAGCAUGAGGCACAACUAACCCAUGAAAUUUCCAGUUUAAAGAAGUUAAUUGAGAAUGCUGAAGUGUACAAUCAAGAACUUGAGAAUGACCUGGAGAACAAAUCCAUACUACUUAAAGAGCAAGAAAAACAAAUGGCAGAACUGAAGAAAGAGUCUGAAAUAUUACAGAAGAAAGUCAGCUAUUCAGAUCUUUGCUCAUCCUUGGGGGACGGAGAAAAGCUGUGUGAAGAAGUGUUUCAAAUGAGACAGUCUCUUAGUGAUGCUGAAACAGUGACUCGAGACGCUCAGAAGGAAGCUGCCUUUCUAAGGAGCGAGAAUCUGGAGCUGAAGGAUAAGCUGGAUGAGCUCUCAAUUCGCUGUGAGAAAAGGGAGAAAGACGCCUCCGAUUGCGAGAAGCAGCUGGAGAUUGAGAAGUCUAAUUACAAAAGGAUGCAGGCCGACUUGCAGAAGGAACUGCAAUACACCUUUAAUGAGAUUAACCAGCUCAACGGCCUCCUGGUGGGGAAAGUACCCAAAGAUCUCCUGUCUCGUGUGGAGCUCGAUAAGCAGGUUGCAGACUAUUCCAAGCAGUUGGCCAGUCUUUUGGAGGAAAAGAAGGCUUUGGAGCAGGAAGUUGCAAGCUUGUUGGAGUACAAAGCUUUACCUAGCGAAGUUGAACACCUAAAAGACCAGCUCUCAGCCGCUCUGGAGGAGAAAGAUAAGCUGCUUCAGGCUAAACAGGAACUGGAGACUCGUGUUAAAGAAUUGGAAGAAUUGCUUAAAUCUUCUUGUAUAGAGAAUGAUGAUCUCCAAGGUGCAGUGAAUAAUCUGUCUUGUGAAGUUACCACUCUUAAGCAGCAAAUGGAAAAGCAGUCUGAGUUGUGCAAAGAAAACCAAGAAUUGGAGGAGAAAUAUAGAGCAUUGUUCUCUGAAAAGGAGCACCUUCAGGAGCAGUUGCGCGUCUCUUCCUUGAAUGUAAUGCAGCCAGAGAAUGCUGAAGCUUCUAGUAAACUGGAAGAGCUCCAAGAAGCUCUAAAACUGACUGUCCAGCUUCGAGAUGAGCUUCUUGUUAAGGUGGAAGACCUUGAAGCAGAAAAGAACAGCUUAAGACUGGAUUUAAAUGAAAACAUUGAACUGUCCAUUGAAACUCAGGAUGAACUAAGGAUAACACUGGAGGAACUUAAACAGCAGAAGCAACUAGUUACUGACCUACAAAAACAACUUGCUGACACUGCUGGAGAUGUCUCGUCCCAAGCAGAAGGCCAAGGAAACGUUCUAGAGGAGAAGCUAUCCACAAUAACUGAAAAACUACAAGAAAAUGAAGCAAAGUAUGAAACUCUUACUAAUGAGAAAAUAGCACUUGAAAGAGUCCAUCAAAGCCUGAUUUCGGAGAUGAAGAUUCUGCAGGAACGUAUGCAAUCUGCAGAGAUGUCUUUGUCUAAGUUGGAGGAAGAAAAUAAUGAGCUCAAGCAAAAACUUGAAGAGCAGCUGAAAUCUGGGGAUGUGGAUGAGCUAAUGAACAGCAGUAGAAAUCUCCAAGAAAGCAGAGUUCUGGAGAAGGCUCUAAAUAGACAAUUGCAACAGGAAGAUGAUGAAAAAGGUCUCCAGCUACAAGAACAGAUGCUGGCCUUGCUUCAAGACAAAGAUGUGUUACAUGAAACUCUGAAAAACAUAACCGCUGAAAGAGACCAACUGAAGCUGGACUUACAGGAGAACAUAGAAAUGUCCAUAGACACACAGGAAGAGUUAAGAUGUGCCCUGGAUGAAGUAAAGGUUAAAACGGAGUUACUGGAAUCUCUCAGCACUCAAGUGAAUGAAAUUAAGGUGGGCGAAAAUGAAGACUUGAAUAGCUUGUGUCAACACUUGAAACAAGACAGCGAGAAAUAUUUAGCCCAACUUGAUGUGGAAAAGUCCAGCAGAACUGAGCUCCAAUGUGAGGUUGAAGAAAAGCGCAAGAGGAUUGAGGAGCUUGAAACUAAACUGGAACAGAUUCUCAGAAACCUUGAAGAAACGGAGUCGAAAUAUAAUGAGAUGGCAGAAAAUCUUGAACUGGUCACAAAGGAAAAGGACCAUUUAAUAUCCUCCUUAAUGGUUACUAACGGCAAUCUCCUUAAUGAAAUGACAUCUUAUAAGCAGGACAAUCGGACAAAAGACCAGAGUUUGCAGGUCUCUGAUGAAAUAUCCACAAACGUUGAUCAGUUUGAUACUGCAGCCAGACAGGAAGAGAUUGAAAUGGAGAGGGAUGAGUUGACCGAAAUCCUCAGUCAAUUGCAGCAGCGAGUCCAAUUGCUUUCUCAAGAGAAAGUCGAACUUCAGCAGACCAUCGAUAAUCUUAAGAAAGAAAGAUGUGAACUGCUGACUGAUCUUCAGAGAUAUACAGAGAAUUACACAAGAUCACAGGAAGAGAUACAGAGAUGCCAAGAGGAGUUAAAACAACAAAUCAGCUUUGUUGGAAACUUCAAUUCUCAAGUUACUAACAGUACCUUUAUAGAUGAAAAGGGAACAGAAACUGACCUGAUGCCAUCCUUGGAAGUGGAGGUUCUUGGCUUACAAGAAAAGCUGCUGCAGAAGAACAAUGAAUAUCAACAACUUAUUCAGAACAUAGAAAAGCUUGGGCAGGACAAGAGCAUUUUGAGCACUCAGGUUGAAGGUCUUCUGAGGGAUAUGACAGAAAAACAGUCAACACUUCAGUCUUUACAAAAUGAAAAACUUGACGCUGAAAGGAAACUUCUUGAUCUUGGGCAGCAAAUGGAAGUAAUUGUUCAGGAGCGGGAUCAUCUGAAACAUGCACAACAAGUUUACUCCUCUAAAAUAGACCAAGAAAGUCAGACAAAAGAUAAUGACCAGGCUUCCCACUUUGAAAAGGAGCUUGAGCAAUCCAACCUCACCAUAAAUAAUGAUUUAGAACUCCUGAAAAUGAAUUUGAAGAACUUUGAAGAAGAACUGGAAAUGCUAAAAAGUGAAAAAUAUUAUAAUGAGCAAAAGAUAAAUAAUCUUCAGAACCAAGUGGAACUUGCCACUGAAGAACUGAAAAACAUGAAGGUGGCACGACAGUGUCUUGAAUCAGAGAUGGUCCAACUCAAAGAAGAGCUUGAGAAGAAUAUUGAAAAGUAUACAGAAACUCGAGAUGAGCUUAAAAGAACUCAAGAAGAACUUGAGCAGCAGAAGCAGAGGGUAGAAAAGCUGGCAAGUGACAAUUCUUUACUAGAAGACAAGUCCUCCUCACUACAGAGAGAAUUGGAAGAAAAGAAUCAUAUCCUGAACAAAGCUCUAGAAGGCAGACAGAUCACUGACCUGCCUAAAGAUCUGACUUCUGAAAUGGAACAUGUCAUGGAGGCCUUAAAGACCAAGGAGCUUGAAUUGAAACAAGCCCAGGAGGACAAAGAAGCAGCUUCUUGGAAGAUACUGGAACUCACCAACAGAGUGCAAAGUAUUACACAAGAAAGGGAUGACCUGCAGCACUCCAAGGAAAACCUACAAGAAGAGUGUAUUGAACCUGAAGAUGAGCUUAAAAGGACUCGAGAAGAACUUGAGCAGCAGAAGCAGAGGGUAGAAAAGCUGACAAAUAAGAUUUAUGUUCUAGAAGAAAAGUCCUCUUCACUAGAGAGAGAAUUGGAAGAAAAGAAUCAUAUCCUGAACAAAGCUCUAGAAGAUGGACAGAUUACUGACCUGCCUAAAGAUCUGACUUCUGAAAUGGAACAGGUUAUGGAGGCCUUAAAGACCAAGGAGCUUGAAUUGAAACAAGCCCAGGAGGAAAAAGAAGCAGCUUCUUGCAAGAUACUAGAACUUGCCAACAAAGUUAAAAACAUUGCACAAGAAAGGGAUGACCUGCAGGACUCCAAGGAAAACCUAGAAAAAGAGUGUACUGAAACUCGAGAUGAGCUUAAAAAGACUCAAGAAGAACUUGAGCAGCAGAAGCAGAGGGUAGAAAAGCUGGAAAGUGAUAUUUCGUUACUAGAAGAAAAGUCCUCCUCACUAGAGAGAGAAAUGGAAGAAAAGAAUGAUAUCCUGAACAAAGCUCUAGAAGACGGACAGGUUACUGACCUGCCUAAAGAUCUGGCAUCUGAAAUGGAACAGGUUAUGGAGGUCCUAAAGAACAAGGAGCUUGAAUUAAAACAAGCCCAGGAGGAAAAAGAAGCGGCUUCCCAGAAAAUACUAGAAAUCUCCAACAGAGUGCAAAGUAUUACACAAGAAAGGGAUGACCUGCAGCACUCCAAAGAAAAUCUAGAAGAAGAGUGUACUGAAACGCAAGAUGAGCUUAAAAGAACUCAAGAAGAACUUGAGCAGCAGAAGCAGAUGGUAGAAAAGUUGGCAAAUGAUAUUUCUUUGCUAGAAGAAAAGUCCUCUUCACUGGAGAGAGAACUAGAAGAAAAGAAUCAUACCCUGAAUAAAGCUCUAGAAGACAGACAGAUUACUGACCAGUCUAAACAAGAUCUGGCGUCUGAAGUGGAACAGGUUAUGGAAGUCUUAAAGAACAAGGAGCUUGAAUUGAAACAAGCUCAGGAGGAAAAAGAAGCAGCUUCUCAGAAAAUGCUAGAACUCUCCAGCAAAGUGCAAAGUAUUACACAAAAUAGGGAUGACCUUCAGCACUCCACAGAAAACCUAGAAGAGAAGUAUACUGAAACUCGAGAUGAGCUUAAAAAGACUCAAGAAGAACUUGAGCAGCAGAAGCAGAGGGUAGAAAAGCUGGAAAGUGAUAUUUCUUUACUAGAAGACAAGUCGUCUUCACUAGAGAGAGAGUUGGAAGAAAAGGUUCAUAUACUGAACAAAUCUCUAGAAGACAGACAAGUUUUUGACCAGUCUAAACAAGAUCUGACUUCUGAAUUGGAGCAGGUUUCUGAGGCCUUAAAGAACAAGGAGCUGGACUUGAAACAAGCUGAGAAUGAAAAAGAAGCAGCGUCUCAGAAAAUAUUAGAACUCUCCAACAAAAUACAAAGUAUUACACAAGAAAGGGAUGACCUGCAGCAUUCCAAAGAAAACCUAGAAAAAGAGGCAAGGACAUUAAGAGAUGACAUACAGCAACUACAACAGGAGUAUGCCAUCUUAGCUAAUGGACAGAGUCUGAAGAGUAGCCAAUUGGAUGAGCUGGAAACUGGGAUCCAACAGCUGCAAGAGAAGCUGCACCUCAAUGAGGCUUCCACCAAACAGCUGGAGGAUGAUAAAGUUGCACUAGAGAAGCAGUCACAGCAGUAUGAGCUGGAGGUGGCAUCUCUUCGCCAAGAACAGGAGCAGUUCCAGCAGCUGCUUCAAAGGGCACGUAGUGAAAAAGAGAACAUAUAUGCCAGUUUGCAAGAUCAAGAAAAAGCGCUACAAGAAGAGCUGAGGUCUUUGCAAACAGAACUUGAGGCUGUGAAGAUGGAGCGCGAUGAGAACAAGGCGCAUCUAGUUGAGAAAGUUAAUGAAGCUAAUGAAAUGCUACAGAAAAUUUCUUCUCUGGAAGAGCAAAAGCAGCAGGAGUUAACAGAUGAAAAGAUGAAGUACUUUAAACUGUGUGAAAAGGUAGAUCUCCAGGAGAAAGAAAUUACAGUUUUGCGUUUAGUACAGAGCGAACCUACACAAGAAGAUGAACUAGCGGAACGUACUGAAGUUGCGGAAAGAAAGACUCAAGAAUGGCAGGAUCUUAUGGUGAACAUUUCUACUGUAUACUCAAAUCAUCACAGUCUGCUGACCAACCUCUCCAGUGAUCUUCAAAGUGAAACUGAAGCUCAAAAACAGUCAAUGGGUGUUAUAAAAGAAUCUCUCUCGUCAACGCUCUCGAAGGCCUUUGGAAAUCUGGAAACUGAACACACCAAGCUAAAUUCUCAAAUGCAAACUCUUCUCAACAGGUUUAAGAUCGUAUACAGGAACGCAGUAGUCAAACAGGAACAUUCCAGUGUUGUCCAGAACUAUGAGACCGAACUGCGUGCAGUGCAAAAGAAGAAUGACGAGCUGCUUCUUCGAUGUCAGUCUCUUGAACAGCGUGGUACAAAAUGGUGUAAAUGUGCAGCAGAGGACCUUAAGUUUUGUGAACUUGAAUUCCUGAGCCAGCUGAUCACUAAUAAAAUUGAGGUGAUGAAGCAAAUUGAAGAUUGCUUUUCCGAGGUUCAGGUUACUAUAAAGAGUAUAGAAACGGACCUUCAAGAAGAAAUGAAAUGCAAACAAGAAUUCACGGUGUGGCUAGAAGAUUUUAAAGGCUUACACUUGGACACGGAAAAGCUCCGUGAUGGAGUGCUUCAGGAGAACAGACGGCUUGCUGGAGCAAUUCAAUAUUUAACAAAGAAACUGAAGGCAAUUGCUCAGUCUAAAACAAAGCAGGGCACUAUGAUGUAUCUCAACAGUUUGGAAACAGACUUGCACGAGAAGAAGGGAAAACACAAGGAACUGCUGCAAAGGAUGCAACAAAUUGCACCAUGUGGCGAUUCUAGCAUCUUAGAAGAAGAAAAUUCCCAAAUGCGUGAAACUCUGAAAAAUGUCCAAGGGGAGUUAAAGAAAAUGCAGUGCCGAAUUCGGGGUCUAGAAAAUGAAUUGAGCUCAGCCAAAGCAGAGAUCAACCAAAAGGAGCAAAAUGCAUUGCUGCUGAAAGAAAAGCUGCGCUCCAGCACUGCCGAGGGUGAACUUUCUGAGAUGAAGGUUAAGAUGGAUGAAAAACAAAAACGUUUCGAGACAGCACUGAAGGAAAUACAGACACUCCAGGAAAAGGUAUCCAAAGGUGCAGCACCAUACAAAGAAGAAAUUGACUGCCUCAAAAAUCAAGUUGUCAGGGUUGAGAUGGAGAGAAUGAAGUUGUCAAAAGCUUCCGACCAGCAGAUUGCAUCCUUGAAAUCUAGUAUAGAAGACAAAGAGGCGAGCUUACGGAAAUUAAGAGAACAGCUCAGGCGAACACAAAAAGACAUCGAUACUUCAGUGUGUUCAGAAAAUACCAGCAGUUCCUCUCAAUACCCUCUGACAUGCGGGGGUGGAAGCGGCAUUGUGCAAAGCACGGCUAUGCUCAUACUUCAGUCAGAAAAUGCUGCAUUAAAACGAGAGAUUACACAGUACAAGAAGAAAUUGCAUCAGCUCUCAAGGAACAUUUCAUCUCGUGAAGAUGAACUUAAAAAGCUGAAGGCCGGAUCUUCUGAAACAUCUACUACCCUCUUUAGUUCAUUGCAUCAAGAUGACAUGUUUCAUAGUAGUACUGAUCCUUACAGAGGAAGAUCAGUUUCCCCAAGAAAGUCAGAAAUGCCAACUUCCCAUACAGCGUCACCUGGCAAAACUGGCAUUCCUAGACCAGUUUCCCCAAGAAAGUCAGAAAUGCCAACUUCCUACACAGCGUCACCUGGCAAAACUGGCCUACAUAGAAAGCGUGUAUUGUCUCCAAGUAAGACUGAGGUGCAGAGACCUCAACCAAUGUCCCCGAAUAAAAUGGACCGACACAGUGUUCCUGCCAUGUCUCCAGGAAAUACUGGCCUUUAUAGAAAGCGUGCCGUCUCUCCAUUCAAGACAGAAGGACCCUUGUUCAGCACUUUGACAUCACCCUGCAAAAAGCAAAACUUGCCAGAACAAACAGCAGACUCUCCUAAAGAUAAAUUUUUUGAUGCAAAGUCAAGAUCUUUACCUUAUGGCCCAAGCAAGUUUUUUGAUAACUCCUCCCUUGCCAUUGGCACUUUAGCAGAUAUGGAUUUAUACGCUGGGACUUCUGCUGAAACAAAUGACAUCAAUAACUGGUGGGAUCGCGCAGGAAAAACUGAAACUCCAAAUGAUUGUAAAACGUCUUGAGCUGGAUCAAGAUAGAAAUGAAUCUAAAACCUAACUUGGGAACCAGUAACCAUGUUCUCCUCAGGGUUCUCACACUGGGGCAUGCCUCCAGGAACCUGACACUUGUGCUGCCCCCCUGAACUUAUGUUGCAUAGACUAAGGCCUAGUUCACACGAACGUAUGGCUUUUUCAGUGUUUUGCGGUCCGUUUUUUUGUUUCUGUUCCGUUUUUCCAUAUGCCAUGCACAGUAUACAGUAAUUACAUAGAAAAAAUU